GAAGGGAAUGGAGAGAGAUGGCAAGUUAAUGUUUCUCCUCCUAUCUAAUAUUGUCUCUUUGAGAAGGGUGACUUCAUCAUUUUCCAAACAGGAGACCGUCUGUGCCAUUUGGAUGUUGAAGAUUGUCAUAAAAAAAAAAAAAAAUUUCCUGUAUAACAUCUGCCUAUCUUUGGCCCAAACAGACAAAAAAUUAGUUUCACCGAUGUAAUGGUGCAUACAUUGUUUGCUUCGCAAUCAUUUAUCUCUGGUUGAUGAGUGGAGGGGCCCAUCGCCUUGGAUGUCUGGUGUGUAACUGGAGUCGUCUGUAUCAGAGGGCCGGUCAUACCUGGAACUCGGUACUACACCUGUCUAUAGCAGUCGAUCAAUAUUUCCUCAUCAAAUUUAAAAAACCUGUCGAACAAACGAGCUGGCUUGUCAGUUGCACAACAGUGAUGCAGACGGAAAGCUAAGUGACAGCAGGCAGUAAGCUGAGACUCGUGUCGAGAUCGUCUCGAGAUGUGGUGGACUCUCACUUGAGAUUGCACCUGAGGUUAGGGACACUCGCUGAAUCGAGAUACAUUUUAUUGUUGUGUGCAUUGAGAGGCCUGUUAAUGGUGUUUAAAUUUAUUCCUCUUCGGAGUUAGUGAGUGACUGCAGCUGUUUGGAGUGUCAUCUUUUGGAUUACACUAGGUGUAUAAAUUGUGACAUCUCUUGAAUUUUAACUGGAAUAGUUCACAGGAAGUUUAUGAAUGGUGAGGGUCAAACAAACCAUGCAGCUGAAAAUUGUACAAGCCUCUGACGACGAUCAAGGAUCUGAAGGGGACAAUGAGGAUGAGGCAUCAGAUAAUGACGGAAAGUUAGAAAACUUGAGACCCAAUCAAGAGCCCACGUUUACAUCGGAGGACGCAAGCGUAUCCUCAGAAAGAGAACAAGAUUCACCAGUCGUAUUCAAGGAGGAGAGUUGUGAUAGUUUUGUGAACAAGGAAAAUUCAUCAGAAAAUACUCUGGAUCUUAAGGAAAAUUCAGAGCAGACGACAUUUGAAAAUUUGAGUGAAAAUUCAAAUGGUGAUAAAAUGACUCUCAAAAAGGAAGAGGGUUGCAAGAGUGAUUCCGAAAAACGUUCGGAAACUCCACCAUUAAAACGACUAAUGAGGCAAGAUCCUUUGCCAUUGUUUAUGAGUGAGAAAGGACCAUCACCACCCAAAAAAAUUUACAGAGACGAACUCUAUUACAAAAAACUAGCCGUCCCGUACUUUGCAACACCAUCCAUGGUCAAACAUGCACCCACCCAUCCAAGACAAGCCAUUCUGAAAUCCAAACAUUAUUCCAACAAAUUUCCAAAAUAUUUCAAUCCAUCUGUUCCAUGUUCAUUCCAGAAAAAUCAUUCAGAGGAUCAGCCAUUGGACUUGUCUACUAAAGGAUCCAACAAAUCCAGUCUGUUUGUGGACACAAAGAAAUCGGCCGGGAAGUACACCAACGGAUUCCUCUCCAACAGUUCUAGUCUUCAAAGUCUUCAGAGGCGAUUUGGUGGGAUGGCUGGAUUCCGCUCCAGUCGCAGACCCAUGAGUGGAAUUCUCACUGGAAUACCUCCCACGUUUUCUCAGAAAUCUCAUUCAAAUUCUCACAAACAUUUCAACAUAGAUUUUGCGGGAGGUGAAAGUCUUAAAACUGAAAGUAAAUCCAAAGACUCAAAGAACGCAGACUCAAAGGAGAAAAUUAAAAGUGAGGAAGAGUUGAAAUCUUCAACUGAGAAAGAUCAGAAUUCAAACUUUACCAAGAAAACAAAAGAAAGCUCGGAGUAUUUGGAGAAAGACGAAAAUAACAGAUAUACUGUUCACAAGUGUUCAUGUCAGAAGACCUUCAGCACUCUCUAUGGUUUGAGUCUUCACCUUCAGGAAUCAGGGCAUUUACCUGCAGGGACGAAACAAACCAACUUAAUGGAGUACCCAAAGUUGGUCAGGGGACAGGAUAUGUGGCUAAACCAGGAAUCGGAGCAAACCAAAAAGAUCCUGAGAUGCAUACAGUGCGGUGAGUCUUUUAAGUCCCUACCCAUGCUAACUGUUCAUAUGAUGCAGACACAGCAUUACACCAAGAUCGUCACAUCCGAACAUGGAAGGAGAUCUCACAAAUGCUCUGUGUAUUGUGAUCGGGAUUUGGACAGGGAGUGUAUUUUUAAGUGUAAAGUGUGUAAUAGUGCUUACAGCGAUAUGGAAGGCUUGGCAAACCAUAUGGUGCUCUCUGGGCAUCACAAAAAGAAAAUGCACCAAAACUCGCCGUAUUCUGAUUUCAAAUUGAAACUGCCGCAGAAAAGAUAUUUGCGUGAGGAAUUCAUGGAUAGCUGUGUGUCACCCUUAGGGAGCACACAGGAGGAAUCUCGGGCAAAAAUAUGCAGACAGAGUUCACCUUUGAGCGAUCAGUCCAAGAGUCCCAGUUCACAGGGAACAACUGAGGAUAGCAGAAUCACGUGUGAAAACUGUACCGAUAAGAUAGAGACUGGGAAAUUUGUUGAUCAUGUCCGAGUCUGUUUACUGUUGUCAAAAUAUGAUGCAAACUUUAAAACUUCAGUCAAGAAAGAGACAGUAGAAAGAAAAGAAGAUGGGAGUGUCGAGGAAGGCAUUGAAAAAUCGUUGCAUAGCAACAAAGAUUCAGAGAAUGAAUCCAAAGAAAUGUCUGCAGAUGAAAAUGCUGAAGUGAAAGUGAAACUAGAGGUAGAUGAUGGUGACGAAAGUGCAAAAGAAGACGACAACAAAGAAGAAAAAACCGACUCUUCUUGUUUGGUGAAAAACGAUGAUGAUUGCAGAGAAUGCAAAAAGUUGGACAUUAUAGACCCAAACCAUGGGAGUGGUGAUGAAAAUAAAGAGCAAAGUUCGGCAUUAUCCGCAAUGGAGAGUUUUAUUCAGAGGAGCUUCAAAUCAGAGUUUAAUUACAGAAGAGGCUCCAUAAAAAUGAGCUCUUUACCUAAGGCUCAAUCAGCCCAAACAGCCCAUUUGAAACCCUUGGAACGAUCUAGUCCAUCCAUAAGACUGGAAAGAUAUCAGAAAUAUUUCCAGUACCUCUACCCCAAUGAGCCAGAUCAAAAAGUCUCUUCCUCAGAGGAGAAAUUGUCUGGAGAUAUUGGAAAGCUGGAGAAAAUGUGUGAGGAGGUGCACGGGGCAAAAAGUCCAAACCCCGAACAAUCAAGAAAGUCUCAGAGCACCCCCAAACCAGAGAUCAGUGGUGAAAUCCUCAGUAGCAAAUAUCUCAAUUUGGACGAGGAAGAGAAAAGCAAAGACUCCUCCCCUCCCUCCUCCUCCUCAAAAUCCUCAGCCUUAGAUUCUCUUAGCAGUUUUGUGUAUAGCCAGUCGUUGACCAGUGAGCACCCCUUAGAUAGUCUACAGAAACUCUUAACCAAUAGUAACAUUCCUAGAAUCCUCCCCUCCAGUUCAUUGAAACACUUUGAUCCAGUCGAAUCUCCCAUGCCAACUGCUCCGUUGAAUCUCUCCAUAAGAAGGGAAACAAAUGACGAGGACUUGGACAUGUCCGAUGGCAAAGACAGUUUCUCUGAUCAAGAGAGCAGCCACAGCAGUGAUAGUGAGGCUAACAUGGACUACCGCUGCGCUGCCUGCAGUCGCCACUUUGCCUCCAAAGGCUCUUACAGAUACCACCUUAGUCGUUGCCAUCUCUCCUCGGUCAAAAAGUAUGGAAUCAAAGAAGCCUUCAAUAUGAGCCCUUACAUCUACCUCCCUCUGGAUCACACUGCCAAAUUCUCCAAGUAUUAUGAAAUGGCUCAGGAGCUCGCUAACAAAGGGAAGUAAUAAUAAUAAGGGAGAUUAUCUGUCAAACGACUCUAAAAUACAACCUCUUGGAAACCAUAGAUUCUCAUAACUGUAACUGCAUUUCCUUAAAGGCAGCACUGUAAAUCAGAUAGCCCUUCACUUAAAACUCGUUAUGUGAUAACUUUGACAAAAAGUAGAUUUAACAUUCCAGAAAUGUUGUGUCAUAUUAUCUGAAAUCCCAAAGAUGUACCGUAGAUGUGGCCUGAAUGUUUUGUUAUGAACUGUUUUUGUUCUUGAUCUUUGAGAAAUAUUUAAUAUUAUAGCUUUUAAAGUACUCUUUGACAUGACUAUUAGCAGAUAUGGUCUGAAUGUGAAUGAUAAUUUUUUUUUUUUAACUUUAAUUUCUUUGUCAAGUGAGUAAAUUCUUGAUUUAACAUUUUUCUUUAGAUAUAUGUACAUGUGCAAUGUAGAAAAUAGUUUUUUGUUUGAAUUUUUGUUUCUGUUGAUUUAGGUAAAAAUCAUGUUAAAACCGUGAAAUCCACCCAGAGAGAAAAGCUUUAAUUUAAUUAAUGACUUUGUUUAGUUAUUCAUGAUGUAUCUCGUUAGCUAGUAUGUUUAUGAUUCUCCCACGUCCCUUCUAGGUGAAGAAGAACUUUAUAAUAUUUACUGCAUAAUAUCAUCGUUAAGAUUGGGCAAUUUUGGAAUAGCAUUCGAAUUAUUCCUCGUGUAAUAUUUUAGAUACAUAAUUUACAAAAUAGUUGGUGUAAAUGUUUGUGCUCUGGGCAAGCAGCAAUAUAAAUGAAGUCAUUUUUUUUGUUCUCCAGUCAGACAAAGGGUUGCUUGAAUUUUUGGGCUGUAAUUUCGGUUGACAAGACAUGGUGUUUUAUGUGCAAAGAUUAGGUAAAUUGUAAUCAUUAUCUAUAUCCAACUCCCUCGUUACUUGAUGCGUCAAAUCACGUAGCUGAUGCCUUUUCUCCCCCCGAUUUCUCUCGAUUUCUCUCGCAUGGAAAAUAAAACGCCUAAUCAUUUCAGUGUCAAGUUCCUCAAACGCGGACAAUAAACAUUCCGUUAUCUAUCAUGCUAAACAAAAAUUCUCGCAAGGAGAAAUUGAUAAAUUCGUGUAAGAACAGCCAUCAUACAAACCCAAUUACUCAAGAUUUAUUUAAACAAAUUGUAUUUGUCUGCUACCAAAUUACUGCUUUUUCUUGGUAGGUAAUAUGUAUCUAUUUGUUAAAUAUGUUUAGUUUUUACAUUAAUAUUUUUUUUUUCAUAUUAGAAAUAAGUCAAAAUGACAAUGCUGUAAUCUAAAAUUAUAAUACUUUGUUUUCUUUUCCUAUGACGUGCAAGAACAAAUUAUCUAUCAAAAUUUGAUGUGUUAUUUGUACACACAUUUCAACACAGUAUUAAAUAUUACAGCGGAAUCAAAUUUUUUUGUAUUAACAUAGUAAUUACAGGUAUUUAGCAAAAUAUGAAUGGCUUGACAACAUUAUACAUUUUACAAGUGGACACAAAUAUUCUAGGUUCCGUUUAAGCGACCCACCUAUAGUCCGGCUGGGUCUUGGAUAAAUUAACCAAAUUUGCAAGCAAUUCAGAACACAUGACACAAACAUCCAUCAAACUGGGCAAUCCUUGUUUAUGCAUUAAGGAGUGUUAUUGAAAAGUUUUAUCUAAAAGCACUAUGAUUGAUAGCAUGAAAAGUACAAGUGUGAUUACACAUAUGCACGGCAGGUUUUUAGUUUUUUUUAACUUCUUAUUAACGGCAAUUUGCUCUUCCUCUCAAAGAUUUAUGGGAUUGUUAACGUGCUUACUCAUUUUUCUCCCAUAGAAACAUGUUAAAGCUUAUUAAGCUGUGGUGCAUAUUUUUCUUUUUUUUUUUAAUUUCCUAUUUAUGAUAAUUUCAGUCUUUGAAAUCCAUAUUCUAUUUAAUAGAAAUAAUCUUAUAAGGUUAUGAUUGUACAUACAUGUACCAAAGGUUUUUUUUAUUCCUCUUUUUUAUAGUGUUUUGCUUUAAACAUAUCAUUGUUUUGUUAUAUAGUGCUCUUAAUUUAAAUCAUGUUUUAUAUCCCUAUUCCAAGUGCCAGCUUGUGCGUAGUUAGUAUUUUAUUACCCAAUAUAAAAACAUUCAAAGGAAAAGCUACAAGUUAUCUCAUCUUUUAACUCUCUUUCAUUGGUUGCAUACUUUCAACAAUAUGAUACAGGGUGUGCCCAAAAAGACAGGCAUCACAAAAUGUCUAAUGUCACAAAACUUUGCCAUUAUUUACAAGUAACUUUGAAAAAUCAUCAGAUUCAACACCCAAAUAAAAAUUGGGGGGGGGGGGGGGUUGGAAGGCUAAAUUAAAAAAAAAAAAGAUUUUUUGAAAAUUCAUCCAAUAUAUGUAGAAAAUGUUGUAUAUUUUGAUGACAUUUUAAUUUGACAGCUCUUGUAAAACUGAUGACAUGAUCAUAAAAAUGGCAGUUAAAGUCAUGUAUGUCAAAUCAAGUGAUUUGUGGUUACUCUUGUAGGCUGUCAUUUCAUCUAAUUUAUUGUACUUCCAUCUUGAUAGGUUCUCAUCAGUCAGUGUUCAUUACAUAUAUGCAUCUGUAUAUUUAUGUUUUACCCAUUGAAGGAAUCAAUUUAUUUGAGAACACAAAACUUUUCAUCCAAUAAAACAUGCUAUAAUAAUAA